AUGAGCGACCACUACGAGACGCUAGGGCUCGGCCGCAACGCCAGCAAGGCCGACAUCAAGGCCGCCUUCUUCCGCCUCGCCCACCGCUACCACCCCGACCACCACGCCGACGCCGCCGCCCGAGCCGAAGCCGACCGCCGCUUCCGCCAGGUCAAAGAAGCCUACGAUGUGCUCUACAACCAACGCCGCCGCGCCGAGUACGAUUCCUCCUUCCGCUCCUCCUCCUCCUGCUCGGGCUCGAGUGGCCACGGGCGCCGUCACGGCGGGAACUCUUCAUCGUCGUCGUCUUCGAGUAAGCACGGCAACCGGCAGGGAGGGGGUACUUCAGGCUCAUCUUCCUCCUCCUCCUCGUCUUCGAAUGACCACGGGAACCGACACAAAGGUGGUGGUGCCUCAGGCUCAGGCUCAUCUUCCUCCUCGUCCUCCUCAAGCGACCAUGGGAACCGGCAGGAAGGUGGCAGUGGCACUUCAGGCUCAAGUUCAUCCUCCUCCUCCUCGUCUUCGAGUGACCAACACAAAGGUGGCACCUCAGGCUCAGGCUCAUCCUCCUCCUCGUCGUCUUCAAGUGGCCACACGAACCGGCAGGGAGGUGGCACCUCCUCCUCCUCAUCGUCUGCGAAUGACCACGGGCACCGUCACGGACACAGCGGCACCACCUCGUCGGGUAUUUCUAUGAUCGGAGGAACUGCAAUGGCAAAGGAAAGCUGGGAGCGAAAUCCGGACUGGAUGGAACAAGAAUUGGAAAUGGUGAAGAUAGAGUUCUGGACGAGGAAGAGGCAGUUUGAAAAUAUGAAACGAAAGUGGGAAAAGAACAAUCCCUUGAAACCAUGGAUGGAGUCGAAAGAGAAGGAGAUAAAGUCAGAGUUCGAGAUGAGGAGGCAACAGUGGGAAAAUAUGAAACAAGAAUGGGAAAAGAACUAUCCCUGGUCAUAA